CUUGACAAUUAGUUCGUUAACAUGUACAAACUUGCCGCCGUGGAGCCCAUGGUGAAUGAUGGCCAGGCCAGGUCGUGAGGGCCAGAGACGAAGAGGGGACGCAAACGACGCUGAUUGGCUGUUGGAUUGGCUGCUGAUCGGCAACAAAUCCGCAGCCGACGAGAGAUUCUUGGAGAGGAAUGGCAUCCAGUCGGUCCUGAGCUGCUGCGAGAGGACGGUGAAGCCUUCCAGGAUCGAAAGCGCCCUGCCAGACUCUGUGCGUACCUGUGUGCUCCCCUUGCGUGAUUUGCCCGAAGAGCAGCUUCAGCCUUUUCUGCAGAAUGCCUGGGACUUUCUGGCCGAGGCGCUCGUGUGGUGCUUGAUCCACUUGUAUGCUGGCUCCAGCCGUUCGUGCGCGAUCGCCUUGUCCUACUUGAUCGGUUGUGAGGGGCUUCCCCUCCGUGAUGCAUGGGAGCGCUUGUGCGAACGGCGGCCGGGCGCCCGCCCCAACCGCGGCUUUGCACAGCAGUUAAUCGAUCUGGAUCGGGCAGUCCAUGGCUGCACGUCAGUCUGGGUGCCCAAGGGAGCCACUGUCAGACACGCGCACCGCGUGCGGCACAGGCCUCCAACCCAAUAGCAAUGUGUGCUGCAACUAUAUAAGGCUUCAGCCACCCUGGUGCUUCGUGAAGCCGCUUUGAGAGUGCCGUCCAACAAGUCAACAACGGCGCCGAGUCUGCCAAUGAAAAUGGCAGGUGACUUGGCUGUUUCCUGAAGCAUAUGGACCUGGGCCAUGGCAAAACGAGGUGCAUUUGCCCUUUCAGAUCGCGC